GGCAACAGUGGUUAAUAAUUCUGUUUUAUGAAUGAGAUUUUGGUAUUUAUUUACAAUAAAUUAAUCAAAAUAUAUUCACUAGAUUCAACAAUAAAUCAUCAAUAUAAUGUCUUUCAAUACUAAAGAUGUCGUCCUCAAAGAGGAUAGGCCGAAAACAUUACUUUUGCAAAAACACUCUGACUACUUAGCACAGUAUGGACUAAACAAAGAUGACUAUGAAUUUUGUAUGACUGAAUAUCUGAGGAUGUCUGGAAUAUACUGGAGUUUAACAGCGAUGGAACUAAUGGGACAAUCGUCAAGAAUGCAAAAAGAAGAAAUAAUAGAAUUCAUCACAUCGUGUCAGGAUAGUGAGAGUGGGGGAAUCUCCGCCAGCAUCGGACAUGACCCUCACAUGCUGUACACGCUCAGUGCUGUUCAGGUGCUGGCAAUGUAUGACCGCUUGGAUGCUGUUGACGUUGAAGGCAUUGUUAGAUUUGUGUCAUCACUUCAACAAGGAGAUGGCAGCUUUUUUGGAGACAAAUGGGGCGAGGUGGACACUCGGUUCUCGUUCUGCGCGGUUAUGUGCCUGUCCCUUCUACAGCGUAUGGAAGCAAUCAAUGUGAAUAAAGCUGUUGAAUUUGUUCUGAGUUGUAUGAAUUUCGAUGGAGGUUUCGGGUCAAAACCUGGCUCUGAGAGUCAUGCAGGUCUUAUCUACUGCUGUGUGGGCACCCUGUCAAUUUGCAACCGCAUGGACGCUCUCCGCGGCGAUGACCUCGCCUGGUGGCUGUGCGAGCGUCAACUCCCGAGCGGUGGUCUCAACGGCCGACCGGAGAAACUGCCGGAUCUCUGUUAUUCCUGGUGGGUGAUGUCAUCCCUCUCAAUGUUAAACAGGAUACACUGGGUGGACAAGAAAAAUCUAGAACAAUUCAUCCUAGCCUGCCAGGACGCAGAAACGGGUGGAUUCAGCGACCGGCCCGGGGACAUCCCCGACCCAUUCCAUACCUUAUUUGGCUUGGCAGGCCUUUCUUUACUAGGCAACACAAGCAUUAAACUAGUAAAUCCUACAUAUUGCUUACCGCAGGAAACCAUUGAUAGGCUAAGAUUGAAACCGCAAAUAUUAAAUGUUUAAGAAAUUGUUUAUUUUGUAUAGUUUAUUUAUGUAAAUAAAAAUUU